AGAAUGCCGCGCGGCGCCGCCCGCCCCGCGCCGCCAUGGAGGCGGCGGGCGCAGCCGGAGCUCCCGGCCCCGCCGCCCGGCCCCGCUCCCGCUGAGCCCCGCGCGCCCCCAGCCCUGCAGCAUGAGCGGCGGCGGCGGCGGCUCCUCGGCACCCGGCCGCUUCGCCGACUACUUCGUCAUCUGCGGGCUGGACACCGAGACCGGGCUGGAGCCGGACGAGCUCUCCGCUUUAUGCCAGUAUAUACAGGCCUCUAAAACCCGAGAUGGUGGCAGCCGUUUCAUUUCAAGUGCAACAGAAGGGGAAAACUUUGAACAGACUCCGUUAAGACGCACAUUUAAAUCCAAAGUUCUUGCUCGCUAUCCUGAGAAUGUUGAAUGGAACCCCUUUGACCAGGAUGCAGUGGGAAUGCUGUGUAUGCCUAAAGGGCUUGCUUUCAAGACACAAGCAGACUGCAGAGAACCUCAGUUCCACUCUUUCAUUAUUACUCGUGAAGAUGGCUCGCGGACAUUUGGAUUUUCUCUCACGUUUUUUGAGGAGGUCACUAGCAAACAGAUCUGCAGUGCAAUGCAGACGUUGUAUCAUAUGCACAAUGCUGAAUAUGACAUUCUUCAUGCUCCCCCCUCCAACGACAAGGAGAGCUGCAGCAGCACUGGGGACUGCAAUGGCACCUCUGUCUCAAAGCUACAGCGAUUCAACUCCUAUGACAUCAGCAGAGACACACUCUAUGUCUCAAAGUGCAUUUGUCUGAUUACUCCAAUGUCUUUCAUGAAAGCUUGUAAGAAAGUUCUAGAACAACUUCACCAAGCAGUGACUUCACCUCAGCCACCGCCGCUACCUUUAGAAAGCUACAUCUACAAUAUUCUCUAUGAGGUUCCUCUUCCUCCAGCAGGAAGGUCAUUGAAAUUUUCAGGUGUUUAUGGACCAAUUAUCUGCCAGAGGCCAAGCACCAAUGAACUACCAUUGUUUGAUUUUCCUGUUAAAGAAGUUUUUGAGUUGCUUGGAGUAGAAAAUGUGGUUCAACUCUUUACCUGUGCCCUUUUGGAGUUUCAGAUACUGCUUUAUUCACAGCAUUAUCAGAGGCUGAUGACAGUGGCAGAGACCAUCACAGCACUAAUGUUUCCAUUUCAGUGGCAGCACGUGUAUGUUCCUAUCCUUCCAGCAUCCCUCCUUCAUUUUCUAGAUGCUCCUGUCCCUUACCUCAUGGGCUUGCACUCUAAUGGACUGGAUGAUAGGUCUAAGCUGGAACUUCCUCAAGAGUGCAGAAGCCAAAAGGGGAACCUUCCUCCUUGCCAAAUAAAGAGUGAGGCUAACCUGUGCUUUGUGGAUGUAGACAACCAUUUCAUCGAGUUGCCAGAAGAUCUACCCCAGUUUCCAAAUAAACUUGAGUUCAUUCAGGAAAUUUCAGAGAUACUGAUGGCUUUUGGAAUUCCACCUGAGGGAAACCUGCAUUGCAGUGAAAGUGCCUCCAAGAUGAAGAGCCUCAGAGCAUGUGACCUGGUUUCUGAUAAACGAAAUGGGAACAUAGCAGGAUCACCUCUGAAUUCCUAUGAGCUGCUAAAGGAAAAUGAGACUAUUGCAAGACUCCAAGCACUUGUUAAAAGAACAGGUGUGAGUCUGGAAAAGCUGGAGGUACGAGAAGAGACCAGUAGCAAAAAGGAUCUUAAAAUUCAAUGUGAUGAAGAAGAAUUCAAGAUUUACCAGCUGAACAUUCAGAUUCGGGAAGUUUUUGCCAACCGCUUCACACAAAUGUUUGCAGAUUAUGAAGUGUUUGUCAUUCAGCCCAGUCAGGACAAGGAAUCCUGGUUUACAAACAGAGAACAGAUGCAAAACUUUGAUAAAGCUUCUUUCUUGUCUGACCAGCCUGAACCUUACUUGCCUUUCCUCUCGAGAUUCCUGGAGACCCAAAUGUUUGCAUCCUUCAUUGACAAUAAGAUUAUGUGCCAUGAUGAAGAUGACAAAGACCCUGUUUUGAGAGUUUUUGAUUCCAGGGUGGAUAAAAUCAGGCUGCUGAACGUCAGGACGCCGACCCUGCGCACAUCUAUGUAUCAGAAGUGCACAACCAUUGAUGAGGCUGAGAAAUCUAUUGAAUUAAGGCUGGCAAAAAUAGAUCACACUGCAGUUCACCCACACUUGCUGGACAUGAAAAUUGGACAAGGGAAAUACGAGCUUGGAUUUUUUCCUAAGCUUCAGUCUGAUGUUUUAUCCACUGGCCCAGCAAGCAAUAAGUGGACAAAGAGGAACGCUCCUGCUCAGUGGAGGCGCAAGGACAGGCAGAAGCAGCACACGGAGCACCUGCGUCUGGAUAAUGACCAGAGAGAGCACCUGGACUUUUCCAUGUCAGAGCUUCAGUUGCAGUUAUGUUUAGACUGGGACCAGCAUGAUUGGCCCUUCAUGCCCUCUAUAAAAUCUGUGUCAGAGCAUUAUCUGAAAUACAUCCAAGAAGCCAGGAACCUGGGCAGCACCAUCCGGCAGCCCAAGCUCUCCAACCUCUCUCCAUCAGUAAUUGCACAAACAAACUGGAAGUUUGUAGAAGGCUUGUUGAAGGAAUGCCGAAAUAAGACUAAGAGGAUGUUGGUUGAGAAAAUGGGUCGAGAAGCUGUGGAGCUUGGUCAUGGUGAAGUGAAUAUCACAGGAGUGGAAGAGAACACCCUGAUAGCCAGUCUGUGUGACCUCUUGGAAAGAAUAUGGAGCCACGGCCUGCAAGUCAAACAGGAUAGAAGCUGUACUGCUUUCGUCUUAGAAGACAGAGCAUCAGCAUACUCUGCUUCAACCCAGAUUUGGGCCUUUCAGAGCACCACCAGACGGCCAACCCUCCAUAAGGGGAAGUCUGCUUUGUGGUCUCAUCUGUUACAUUACCUAGAAAACAGACAAAGAAGAACCACAUCAGGCAGCUUCAGUACCUCAGGAAUACUUCUUGAUUCAGAAAGACGAAAGUCUGAUACAAGUCCAGCCAUGUCACCUCUCAGAAUCUCUCUCAUCCAGGAUAUGAGGCAUAUCCAGAACAUAAGUGAGAUCAAAACAGAUGUUGGCAAGGCCAGAGCCUGGGUUCGCCUCUCCAUGGAAAAGAAGUUGCUCUCUAGGCAUCUGAAACAGUUGCUUUCAGAUCAUGAACUCACAAAAAAACUCUACAAGCGUUACGCGUUCCUCCGCUGCGAUGACGAGAAAGAGCAAUUCUUGUAUCAUCUCCUGUCAUUCAAUGCUGUGGAUUACUUUUGCUUUACCAAUGUUUUCACAACAAUCUUGAUACCAUACCAUAUAUUGAUUGUUCCCAGCAAGAAACUUGGUGGCUCAAUGUUCACAGCCAAUCCUUGGAUCUGUAUUUCGGGGGAACUGGGUGAAACAGGAGUCCUGCAGAUUCCCAGGAACUUACUAGAAAUGACUUUUGAGUGCCAGAACCUGGGAAAACUGACCACAGUGCAAAUAGGACAUGAUAAUUCAGGGCUGUAUGCCAAGUGGCUUGUGGAAUAUGUUAUGGUCAGAAAUGAAAUAACAGGGCAUACUUACAAGUUUCCCUGUGGAAGGUGGCUUGGGAAGGGAAUGGAUGAUGGCAGCUUAGAGAGGAUCCUGGUGGGAGAGCUGCUGACUUCCCACACGGAGGCUGAUGAGCGGCAGUGCCGAACGCCUCCCCUGCAGCAGUCUCCAAGCAUGAUCAGGAGAUUUGUCACUAUCUCACCAAACAAUAAGCCAAAGUUAAAUACUGGUCAGAUACAAGAAGCUAUUGGUGAAGCUGUUAAUGGUAUUGUCAAGCAUUUCCACAAGCCAGAGAAGGAGAGAGGCAGCCUGACCCUGCUGCUGUGUGGAGAAAGUGGACUUGUUUCAGCUCUGGAGCAAGUGUUCCAGCACGGGUUUAAAUCACCAAGACUCUUCAAGAACGUCUUCAUUUGGGAUUUUUUAGAAAAAGCACAAACAUACUAUGAGACCCUUGAGCAGAACGAGAUGGUCCCAGAGGAGAACUGGCAGACAAGGGCCAGGAAUUUCUGUCGCUUUAUCACUGCUAUCAACAACACCCCUAGGAACAUUGGGAAGGAUGGCAAGUUUCAGAUGCUGGUGUGUCUUGGAGCCAGAGACCACCUUUUGCACCACUGGAUCGCCCUGCUUGCAGACUGCCCCAUUACAGCCCAGAUGUAUGAGGACAUGGCCCUGAUUAAGGAUCACACGCUGGUGAAUUCUUUGAUUCGGGUGCUGCAGACCUUGCAGGAGUUCAACAUCACCCUGGAGGCAUCUCUUGUCAAAGGAAUCGACAUCUGACCUCCUGCCCCACAGGAAAAACUGUCUUUACAAACCCAGAGAAAAGCAACAAGGAGUGGAUCUCGUUAGUAUGCAAAAGUUCUGUCUUGCCAGUACAUUGUAUCGUGAACUUGUUCAUGGCCCAGAAAUGCAACUUUGACUUUUCUCGAAGGAAACUCCAGAAAUAGUACAGGCAAAUGGAUAGAAGCUGUAAACUCAAUGUAAAAAAGAGGAUUUUGGUAUAAAUCUAUUUUAGAGUUUAUUUGCUGAUUUGCUUUUUACACACUUUCAUGUGAAAGAGAUAGAGAUGAGUAUUGUGCAGCUUAUUUUAAAGCUGCAGUAUUUCCUUGCCAUAGAAAAAGUGCAGUGAGCCUUUCAGCAUUCUGUGAACUUGCCUUCAGAUAUGCUGUAUGUCAUAGAACCCAGUGUAUACACUCCAUUUCUGCUGAGAAGGUCAUUCUAUAGUUUUUAAACUAAUAUUUUAUAUAUUAACAUUAUUACCAAUGUUUGAUUUUUAAGGUGUUGGGUCAUGUUCUGCUGCAAGGGAACUACAGAUCUGAUCUGUGCUUUUAAUAGCUCCAAAGCACUGAUUUGUCAACAAUUAUUUUUUUCCUUUAUUUUUGUUGUCAGUAUUAUUUUUAGUGAAAUCCAGGAGACUGAACAGUGAAAUGUCCAGAGAUCAAAGUAAUAUUUUUCAUAUUGGUACGUAAUUGCACAGAAGAAGAAAUUAAGUCUGUUUUUUAACUGAUGUUUUUUAUUUAUUUAACCUAUCAUUGUGUUUUGUAAGUUUGUCUUUAAAAAAAAAUCUUCUAUAAUACAACUGGCUAUAUUAUGUUGCAAUUCAGAAUUUACAGUGUAGCCCACUUAAAUGAAAAACCUGGAGUAAAUGUUCAUAACACAGGAACGUUUCCACUUAAACCAGCCUUUUGAAGCUUGGUAUAUGGUUGCUGCUGGUAAUUCUCCUAACUGCUAAUAAAGAGGGACAUGAGUUCCCCAGAUGCCAGAUGACUAAAUAAAAACCUCUAUGCCCCAUCUGAAGUAAUAACAGUAUACCUUACUAACAAGUAUAAGGAUUUCUUAAUGUUUCUGAAAAGACAGUGGUAUUAAGGUUUUUUCUUUUCCUUUUGAGUGCAUAUGUCUUGGAUCCCCUUGUCACAGUCUGCUUCAUUUGGGAUGCUUUUGUUUUUAGCAAAGAAAGUUUAGUCCAUUUCUGCUAUGAAACACAAACAUUUUGAAAGCUUAAUUUAUUGGAGAUCUGGAACUUGGCAAACGCCUAAAGGCAUCUCUGUUCAUUUGAGUCCUCUGAUAAAAAUCUCUUUGAAAUGAAUAUGUGACUUAAGAACAGGCUGAUUUAUCAGCAUCACAAAUUACUGUACAGAAGUUCAGGGCUGUGUAUUUAAGAGGUCUCCACUGUAUAAACUUAUCUCAGUAUUGUCUCUCUUUGGAGAAGCAGAGUCCAAGUUUUUUGGUUCAUACAAUGUUGUAGCACUUUUACUUUACCUACAGCUUAGUCACAUCUUGUGAUAGUUUUAUUUCCAUAAUUUAUGAGUAUAGCACAUGUAUAAAAUUUUUGACUAUUUUUACUUUUGUCCUAUUUAUUUCAUUAUUAAACUGAGAAGUUCCUUUGUCACUA